UUCCCUCAAGAUUUAAGAAAUUGUCAAUUUUCCAAAGAAAAAUUGGGGGGUCACAAUUUAUUUUGCUAAUUCUUUGUAUAUAGUCUGAAAACAUAUUUACUAAGUAUUGCACAACAGCACAGUGAAUUGCACAACAGCAAGAAAUCUUCAAUUGAAUAUAAAUUCAAAUCAUAUAACCAAUUUCAAGUUCUUUGACUAAAUUUAUUCUGUGUCAGAAACCUAUAAUGUGUCAAAUAUUUAAUUAUAAUCCAGAUUCAGACCUGUAUCAAGCUUGAAUAUUGUGUCCAUUUUUCCCCCAACUGUUCAGGGUUGGACCUCUGUGGUCGUAUCCAGCUGCGCUCGGCGAAGUAGUUUAUUAUCCAUGACACGAAAUCAAACAGACCUAGAAAAAUCGUUAUUAUGCGAUUGCACGUGCAUGCUUGUCUGGGUAUUCAUAUUUAUGUUUUUAUCGGAUCGUGUGACCAUCUGUAGUCUUCGGAUGUCAUUUCGAUGGUCAACGUCUUUUCUAUAAUACUCACGAAAUGCUGAUGCAUCAUAACGAGUCCAUGCAUUGUUAAUUGUUUCUUUUAGACUGUUUGUAAUUAGAUAAUACGUUUGAAGUCAAAUCGGUGUUCAUGAAUUUAACAGAUAAUUCCCCUUUACAAAACAGUAUACAUACGUAUGUAUUGUUUACAUGUUGCAUAUCAGAUUUAAAACUGACCUUUAUGCAGUAAAUUAUAGGUAUUAUUUUCCAAUAAUUCUGGAUGUAACACGCCUACUGAUUGGCUGAAAGUACUUUGUGACAUAAUUUUGUCAUGUGACCGUGACGUCAUCAACGUUUUUUCAUGAUUUACUCAUUAAAAAUGAAAUUAAGAAUUAAUAAGGAAGGACUGUAAUAUUUUUUCUGUCUAUUCGAAAUAACCUUAAAAAUGUGGUGCACACUUUUAAAUAACUCGCUACGCGGGUUAUUCAGUGUGCACCAUAUUUUUGAUGUUAUUUCUUCAUAGAAAGAAAAAAAUAUUACAGUCGUUCCUUAUACACUACUGACACAACACAAAUAAAAAACCACAAGCUUUUUUGAAAUUUAUAAACUCGUCGAGAUUAAAAGGUUCCCAUGUACUAGUCAAGAACCUCUAGUUUUGUGUUGAUAACAUAUCUUUGAUCAGUAUAGUCACUAUUUCACAAGUUCCUUUAUUAGACUCACGGCAACUUUAAGAGAUAAUGUAUAAGACACAUGAAUAUCGUUGAAAACUAUAUAUAGACCUCCAGAUAUCUUAUGUUUACUUUUACUUUGUAUUACUGUCUCUUGACAUGCAUCACAAAUGAUAAUAACUGUGGUUUUCUUUAGCCUUUUGGUACUGUUAAAUUAUUUCACCCUGAACAAGUCAAACAAACAGUAUGUGGGUGUGAUCCUGCUGAAGAUACUUGUUUGUUCGACAGAAAAUCGUAUCAAAAUAUAUAUACCACAAAGUUUAACAUAGUUUGAGUAUCUCUGCAUGAUUUCUACUUAGUCACAGUAUACCAAUGUCCGUUACUUAUAAAUUCUGAAACAAAUUAUACGUGUAACUUUUCGUACGAAGCUCCGUUGUUCAAUUUUUAAAAUCGAGAUACGUAAACACUCUUUGGAAUUCCACCCAACGGUAUAAAUAUUUGGGGUUUUUCCUUCCUUGUUCGAAAAUUUCUGAAAAUGACAUACAUUACCUAUGCAACUUUCAGAUACACCUGUUCAUCGAGAAAAAUACGGUAAAAUUAACGCACUAGAAAUAUGUACGGACAUGCAACAAAGUUUUGAAGAUGAAUUCGAUAGUCAAGUUUUACACUAUUUUUGUGGCGCUUUUGAUUAUUGAGAUAUCAGAUGGGGAAAAAGAUUGUAAAAUACCAUGCUAUUGCAACCCUAAACAGAAAAUGGCAACAUGUGCAUCUCGUCACUUACAUUAUAUACCUAAACUACCAAGUUAUGUGGAACAAGUUAAGUUUGUGGGAAAUAACUUCACACAUCUUAGUAAGAGUUUCUUUAAAAAUCUUACAUCGUUUAACAAAAUCAAUUUAUUGAACCUAACAGAUAAUUUGGUGUUAAAUAUAAGUCUGGACGCUUUUGCUGACUUUCAAUAUCUAAAUACAUUGGACAUUUCAACAGAGAAAAAGCUACCCAUUUUCUCUCUUAAGAAGGCAUUUCGAAGUUUAAAUAACUCAAGGAUAAAUAGUUUGGAUUUUUCUGGAAACGGAUGGGAAUAUCUGCCUCCAGAUAUGUUUAAAGAGCUAAAGUUAAGUCGGAUUCGUUCCUUAUCCAUGACUUCGAACUUACUGAAGGAAUUGCAUGGUGGAAUAUAUUCUUACCUGACAGAGUUAAGAAUCCUAAAUCUGGCAUACAAUGACAUCAGAAAUGUUAAUCUUUCUGGACUUACUGUCUUGGAGGAACUUGUGUUAAAGGAUAAUAACAUUCAUAACAUUCCUACAUGGUGUAAUAGUACAGGUGGUAGUUUUGUUCCACAACUAAAAGUAUUGCGACUUGACAGUAAUUCAAUUACCGAAAUGAAUAGUUCGUCUUUCAAGUGUCUUCAAAAUCUUAAACAGCUGCGCAUAGAUUACAACAAUUUCCGUUUCCUAGAAAAUAACACAUUCAGCGAUCUUGUUAAACUCGACAGGCUACAUCUUUCACAUAACACAAGGCUACAAGUCAUUCAGGAAACAGCAUUUAAUGUAUCAUCUUUAAAAUCUUUGUAUUUUCAGAAUAACGGUUUCCAUUUUGAUAAAGGGAACAAGUUCAACGCUAAAACGAUAUUCAGCUAUUGUCCAAACUUAAUGACACUAGAUAUGUCCAGCAAUUUUUUACCAUCUCUUAAGAAAUCUCAAUUUUUGAAGUUAAUGUUCAUUCCUCUGAUAAAAUUAGAAAAAUUAACCUUACCGAAUACAAGAAUCAGGGCUUUACCCUUUAACCUCUUCCCUAAAAUGAAAUUCUUAAAGACUCUCAAUUUACAGGGAAAUUUCAUAAAUGGUUGGAAUAACGGUGAGAGAAUAUUUGGUAAUAAAUCAUCACUAAAGACAUUAAAUCUUCAAGCAAAUAACAUCAGACUGGUAAACAGAACUACAUUCCCACCAUCUAUUUUAUCAUCGCUGGAAUCUCUUGAUUUGUCCUCAAAUCAUUUUUCUUGUACAUGUGAUCAAAUCUGGUUCCGUGAAUGGAUACGGGAAAACUUUGAAUCAAAAUCAAAGAAAAACAAUCUAACACUGAAUGGUUAUCCACAGAAGUAUGCGUGUAUGUUUCCCAGCAAUCUUAGGGGAGUGUUACUUAGAAACUAUAACCCCACACCUGAAACAUGCAAGGAGAAAAAUUAUUUCAUAGCUAUAGCAGUAAUAAUAACUUUGGUUGUUGUUUUGUCGAUCGUUGUCCCCCUUUUGUUAUACAGAUGUCAAACAAAUAUCCGCAAUUAUAUUUACGCAUGGAGAUUUUAUAAGAAAAGGAAAUCCGGCUACGUUCGUUUAGAUAGUGAAGACUAUGAUUAUCACGCGUUCGUUGUUUAUUGCGAAUCGGAUCGAAAAUGGGUUCACAAUGUCUUAGUUAAAAAAUUGGAAAAUGAAGAAAGUAUGCGAAUUUGCAUUCACCAUAGGGAUUUUGACAUUGGGGCCCCAGUAACAGGCAACAUUGGAAAAUACAUGAGUAAAUGUCGAAAAAUUGUUGUUGUAAUGUCGAACGACUUUGCCGAAAGUGAAUGGUGCCAAUGGGAAGUGGACUUAGUUCAAGAACGUCGUAGAAAACAAGGAAGGGGUGUGUCAUUACUUAUAAUGUUACAUACUAUAGAUUCGAAUCAUAUGACAGAUUCAUUGAAGACUUUAUUGGACAGUACUCCUCAUUUACAGUAUAGUAAUGGCGUUGGAGAAUGGCUGUUCUGGAAAGCCCUGAUAGAAGGACUGAGGAAACCGUUUGGGCAUCCACCGGUUGCGGUUUUGUAACCUCAGCAAUAUUUUCUUGUUUUAUAUAUAGAUAUCUUUAAUUAGUUUGUUUUUACAUCAUCCAUGCCUUAGUUAUGCAUUGGACAAGAAACAUUAUGUUCUUUCAUUUGUAUAUACGUUAAAAUAAUUUUUUUACUUGUUCCUUUUUUUUAUAUGUACUGUAUGUAUCUUGUAUGCUUUUGAAUAUACAUUUGUAGAUAGUAUACCGA